UCUACGCACGCGCAGUAGGCGCUGUCUGUGACGCUCGGUGACAUCAGCUCCGCCGCUUUGCUCGUCGCGCUUCUGUUUAUAUUCAUACGAAACUUGAAAUAUAAACUUAACGUUUGAGUCAUUUAAACGGACGAAUUCGCUGUGAUGACAUACAUCACAUCGAGCUUUGAUAUGUUUGAUUUAUACGGUGCCAGUGUAAAGCAGAAAGCUUCAGCACGUUUGAUUUGAUUUGAUUUGAUUUAAGUGUAACAGGAUGGUUAGGGUGAGAGAAAUAUUCUUUAAUAAUCUGCGUUUAUUAAUUCACGUUCACUGACGACGAUGCGGAUGCUACAAUGAGCGCCAAUCAGAGAACUUUAUUCGAGUCGUGGGGAUGCAGUGUGUCACACACAGAGCAGAGGAAAAACCUCUCCAAAUCUGCAGGAAAAACAUCGAAGAAAAAGACUUUGAAAGAGAAAGACGGAUCCGAGCAGAGAGACAGCUGCAGCGCUCUGUGGGGUGAGACAGUCCCGCAGGAUGAAGACAAAGAUGAUGACCUGAUGCUGGUGGCUGUGUAUGAGGCAGAGAGAUCCCUGCUGACCUCUGACAUCACUUCCUGUCCUAACCAGCACUCACUGCCACAAGGCUUCGACCCCUCGGCGGGGCAGAUCUGGAUCUACCCCACUAACUACCCCAUCAGAGAGUACCAGCUGAAGAUGUCAGAGGCGGCUUUGUUCCAGAACACACUGGUGUGUCUGCCCACAGGCCUGGGCAAAACCUUCAUCGCCUCAGUGCUCAUGUACAACUUCUACCGCUGGUUUCCUGCAGGAAAGAUCGUCUUCAUGGCUCCCACCAAACCUCUGGUGUCCCAGCAGAUCGAGGCCUGUUUUAAAGUCAUGGGAAUCCCACAGCAUCACAUGGCCGAGCUCACAGGAACCACGGCGGCCCAGCAGCGCAGAGAACACUGGAGAUCCAAGCGCGUGUUCUUCUUAACUCCACAGGUGAUGGUGAACGAUCUGUCCCGUAACACCUGCCCCGCCACCCACGUCAAGUGUGUGGUGAUCGAUGAGGCCCACAAGGCCAUGGGAAAUCAUGCAUACUGUCAGGUGAUUCGUGAGCUGUGGAACCAAACUCAGCAGUUUCGAGUCUUAGCUCUCAGUGCAACUCCAGGAGGAGACGUCAAGGCCGUACAGCAGGUGAUCUCUAACCUGUUGAUCUCUCACAUCGAGCUGCGUUCAGACGACAGCCCUGAUGUUCAGACACACGUUCACCAGCGCAUCUUGGAGAAGAUUGUGGUCCCUUUAGGAGAGUCUCUCACACAGUAUCAGAGCAGAUACCUACAGCUUUUAGAGAAGUUUGCGUCCCGUCUGACCCAGAUGAGGCUCUUGAAUCAUCGUGACCUCAGCUCACUUACAAAGUACCAGAUCAUUCUGGCCCGAGAGCAGUUCAGACGCAACCCACCACCCCACGUCCAGGCGGGGCAUCACGGGUCGCUGGAGGGAGAUUUUGCCCUCUGCAUCAGUCUGUAUCACGGUUACGAACUCCUCCAGCAGAUGGGUCUUCGCUCGCUCUUCCUCUUCAUUCAGAACAUCAUCUCUGGAGCUAAAGAGUCGCCUCGCAUGAGGAAUGAACUUCAGAGGAAUCCCGUCUUCAUGGAUCUCUACAGGGACAUGGAGGUCACGUUCAAAAAACCAAACACAGAUUCUAAAGAGCCGUACGUCUACAGUCACCCCAAACUGCAGAGACUGGACGAGGUUGUGUCACAGCACUUUAAAACAUCAGGCAGUGAUCCGUCGGAUGGAGUGAACACGCGUGUUAUGAUCUUCUCGUCGUUCCGCGAGAGCGUGCAGGAGAUCGCUGACAUGUUGAAUCGUCAUCAGCCGCUGGUCAGGGUCAUGACUUUCAUGGGCCAAGCGUCUGCUGGGAAAGGAGUUCGAGGAUUCACACAGAAAGAGCAGCUCGAGGUUGUGCGUCGGUUUCGUGAUGGGGGCUUCAACACUCUGGUGUCCACAUGUGUUGGUGAGGAGGGCCUCGACAUCGGUGAGGUCGAUCUCAUCGUGUGUUUUGACGCUCAGAAGAGUCCGAUUCGUCUGGUGCAGCGCAUGGGCCGCACGGGCCGCCAGCGACAGGGACGAAUCGUCAUCAUACUGGCCGAGGGACGAGAGGAACGAACGUAUAACCAGAGCCAGAGCAGCCGGCGCAGCAUCAACAAGAGCAUCAUGGGAAACAAGCACAGUUUUCACAUGUUUCCUCGCAGUCCACGAAUGCUGCCCGCCGGCGUCACCCCCGCACUACACAAGAUGCACAUCAGCUGCGCUCCGUUUCAACACACAGAGGAGAAAAGAUGCAAUUCUGGGAAGGGUCGCAGGUCAUCGCUCAACGCUCAGAGCGGCGGAAGUGAUGUGAAGCGUGUGAAGGAAGACGGCUGUCUCACUGCUGCUGAAGAGGCCGUGUGGAUGUCCACCAUGAGACUGGGAGAGGAUGAACCUCAGCCGGUGUUCAGACAAACAUCUCUACUGACGUUCAGCGGGGGUCAGCCGGCACAGGAGGUGUGUGUGUCGGGUCGGGUCAGAGAGCUGUCUCUGUGGGAGUGGAGACACUGGCAGAACACACCGCUGCCCACUCACAGAGUGGAACAUUCAGAGCGAUGCCUUCACUUCAUCUCCAUCAUGGAGCAGAUAGACCGCAUGAGACAAGAGGAGCAGGGUGACUGUGGUGAUGUGUUCCAGCUCAUGAUGAAAGAUGAUGAUGAAGAUGGCAGAACAACAAAACCUCCACAGAUGAGAUCAGAAUGUGAUCAGUACAUCAGACCGUCCUCUUCCACACCUGACACGCAUCAGACCUGUAAACCUGAUGAACGUAAGAAGAUCAGAAGAUCUGUGACGCAGAAGACCAUCACACGAUCUGAUGAGAAUGAACUGCACAUUCCUGAGUCAAACACGAGCUCACAUCUCACUCGCAUGUUUCAUCCGUCUGACUUCAGUUCAAACGCACAUCGUCACGCUCUGCCAGAAAAAACAUUACACGUGAUUCUCACCAGCGUCAAAGAACUCCUGUCCAAACCUCCACCGCGGGACUUGGAUGUUCUCCUCUCAGAGCUCAGCACUGACCUGACUGAAAAUACCCGAGACCUUCGUCCCUUCACUGUGAAGAGAGACGGCGAGGACUCUCGAGAUAUUCAGAAAUCAUCACAGUUAGCAGGAAACGCACUUUCACCCGGUUGGGAUGAGAUGUUUGAUGAUGAUCCGGAGGAGACUGCCGUUCCUUCACAGCAACAACGUCAUGAUCGGAGGGAUUUAAAUGAGAGCGUCGAGCUGUUUGAAGAUGAUGAUGAGUUCCUUCGGGUGUCCAUACCUGAUGUUCACACACCAGACGAGAAAACGUCUGAAAACACAUCAGAGCCUCAGAACGUCACUGCAGGUCAAUCGUCUCCUAAAGGUCCGGAACAAAACUCGGAGGUCUUCAACUGCUCGCAGGACUUCUUCUCUGUCAACUUUGACCUCGGGCUGUCCUUUGACUCUGACGAAGAAGAAGCGACUGAAGAAAAAACCAACACGUCAGCAUUAAACAAACCCAAAGCUCCAGUGGUCUCACCGCCGUCUCGUCUGGCAGAUGAUGUCAGGAUCAGAUGUGCUCAGACGCCGCUCAUCUGUGAGAAAAGGAGUUCAGCGGCGGUGCGCCCGAGCGCCUCCACACCCAACCAUGAGUUCCUGUCAGCGUCCCACAGAAGAACAGAACACACAUCUGUACAAAAACACGCGUCUACAGACGUGCCGAGCAGUGAUGGUGAGGAUGAGGUGUUUGUCAGGAAACCAGCACAUAAAGUCAAUCCUUUAUCAUCUCCACAGGAGUCAAAGAUCUUCUCUGAUGUGGAUUCUCCUGUACAAGCGCGUAGGAAACACGUACUUGACUUGGAGUCAAAGAUCUUCUCUGAUGUGGAUUCUCCUGUACAAGCGCGCAGGAAACGUGCUGCAGCAUUAAAUGUGUCAGAGGACACGGAUGUGGACGGGGAGUCAGAUGGUGAUUUUCAUCAAGGUGUCACUCACAGAGCCAGAGUUGUGCGGCCGUGUUCUGCAGGGAAUCAUCUGCUGAAAUCUUCUAAGGGACAUCUGUUUCUGGACGAGGAGGCGGAACUGUCCGAAGACGAAGAAGAGGUUUCAUCAGAUGAAGAUGAUGGAGAUGAACAGAAUCAUUCUCUGGACGGCUUUGUAGUGAACACCACGCAGUGUUCUCAGGGGCUUAACGAGUCUGAGAUGCAGGCCAUUUAUCUGAAGUCUGUGAGGAGUCCUGCAGUCCAGAAGCGCAUCCGAAUGACUUACAAACCAAAACACAACGUAGACAUCUUCUCACAGGUGCCAGAACAGGACGAGACGUACGCUGAAGACAGCUUUGUGCUUCACGGCAGUGAUGUGGAAGAGGCGAGCGAUGAAGAGCCGGAGGACGUGAUCCUGGAGGACUCUUACGUCGAUGGCAGAAAACAGUACGCCACGCGCCGGCGCGCUCAAAUCAAACAGAUCAGAGCGGCAAACGAGACCGGAGGAGUCCAAUCUGAGACCGGAAUGAGAAACAAACGCUCCAGGAUCAUCCCAGUUCAGGACUCCAGUGAAGAAGAGGAGGAGACGGAGUUUAAAGUUCCUCAGUGUGUCUCCACCGUCCCCGAGAAGAGAGUGCGACAGACAGACAGACAGCAGGAGACAUUCAGUCAUGUGAUGGAUGAACAGAAUGAAACACAGGCCGUGACGCGCCGAGCGCCGGUCGCGGAUGCUCCUCUCGGUGUGUUAGUGGACAGUCGCUGUAUCAGCGGAGGGUCAGAGGUCGUGUCCUCCCUGCGGCUGAGACACGGACUGAAGGUUCACGUCUGCUCGCUGCUCAGCUCAGACUUCAUCGUGAGCAACCGUAUGGCUGUGGAGUGGAUGAGAGAGUCUGACGUCGCCAGCGCCCAAAACCGCAGACGACUGCAGGAGAGAAUCCAGAGUGUGCAGACGUUACAUGAGCGCGUGUGUCUGAUCGUUGAGAGAGACCGAAGCAAACCCGGUGAGAAGUUCCGGGCGGUCCAGCGCAGUCGCUUUUAUGACGGGACGCUGGCGGCGCUGGUGCGGGCGGGCGUGAGACUGAUGGUCAGCAGAGGUCCAGAUGAAACGGCUGUCAUACUGACUGAACUGGCUCAGGUGGAGAAGAGGAAAGGUCAGGCCAUCGCUGUAGCGCUGGAGGUCAGAGGUCACCGUCAACAGGCUCUUCAGUUCUUCCUGACGCUGCCACACGUGAGUUACAUCACCGCUCUGAACAUGUGCCACAACUUCACCUCCGUCGGACACGUCAUCAACAGUUCUGUGGAAGAGCUGCAGGUGUUUGCCUGUGUUACUCGCUCACGAGCGCAAGAGAUUCUCCGCUGUCUGCAUUACACACACACUGACACACACACACACACACACACAAAGACACACUGAAGCACUUUAACUAAAUGAAUCAGGAUUACAGUGUAAAUAUGUGUCUUGUCUGUAUUUCAGAUUAUGGAAGUUAUUUUUGUUAAUUCUGUGAUUAUUUAUGUUGAUGUGUACAGAAAGAUUUAUUUGAGUAGCACAGUUUUUGAAAAAUAAAAUUGCUCAGUUUUUAUUCGAACACUUCAGAGCUUGUGUGUGUUUUCCUUUUCAUCCCCUACAUCACAUUCGUUUCUUUAUCUUCUGUUUGUUCUAGUCCUGUCAAUCAUUCCCUCCCUGUCAGUUUACAUCACAACCAU